UCAGUGUCACGAAAAAAGAACCACACACAGAGAAAAUAUCAAAUUUUCUCGUCAAUAACAAAAUAUUUAGUGUGUUUUGCGUGUGUCAAAAUUUUCUUUGUGGUGUUUUUCCUUUCCUCUGCAAGAACAGUUCUUAUCUCCGAAGAUAUUGAGAAAUACAAUAAGUGCAUUGUUUGCCAUUUCACUUUCUGCGUUCGCCACUCUUCGCACACACAUUUCUUAUGGUUUUGUACACAAUUGUGUACUAUUUAUUUCAUUUCUACUUGAGAUAUCGCCAUAGAAUUUUCGCAAUUUUGCCAAAUCGCUGUCGUCAAAUUCUCACCAAUGUUGUUGAGACAAUGGACUCAAUGAUUGAAUCGUAUUUGGGCGCCGUGGACACUGCCCAGGAGCCCGAUGACAUUCCCAAGGGCUGCGCGGAUACCGUUUGGAUACUUGGGAAGAGCUACAGUCCCGUCCAAGAGUUGGAACUCAUCCGGAGGGACAUUCAGACGCGAAUCUGGUGCACUUAUCGACGUGGCUUCGUUCCCAUUGGCUCGCCCCAAUUGACCAGCGACAAGGGAUGGGGCUGCAUGCUGCGGUGCGGCCAAAUGGUCCUGGCCCAGUCGCUGCUGGACCUUCACUUGGGGCGCGAUUGGUUUUGGACUCCAGAAACUCGGGAUCCAACCUACCUCAAGAUCGUCAAUCGCUUCGAGGACAACCGAAAGAGUCCCUUUUCUAUACACCAAAUUGCUCUGAUGGGUAAUUCUGAGGAUAAGAAGGUCGGGGAGUGGUUUGGCCCAAACACUGUCGCGCAAGUUCUCAAAAAACUGCUGAAGUAUGACGAUUGGAGUAGCUUAUCUAUUCACGUUGCCCUGGACAAUGUCAUCUACUUGGAUGAUAUCAAGGAGCUCUGUUGUGAUGAUGAGGACAAAUCGUGGAAGCCACUGCUGUUGAUUGUCCCACUGAGACUGGGCAUCAAUGAAAUCAACCCCAUUUACAUCGACGGACUCAAGAGAUGCUUCGAGAUUAAUCGAAAUAUGGGAAUGAUUGGCGGAAAGCCCAAUCAAGCUCUCUACUUUAUUGGCUACGUUGGGGACGAGGUGCUCUAUCUCGAUCCGCACACAACUCAGCGCAACGGGAGUGUUGGUGGCAAAGAAACAGCCGAAGAGAUUGAAAUGGACGAGACUUUUCAUCAGAAGUACGCCAGUCGAAUUCCCUUUCGGCAAAUGGAUCCAUCUCUAGCCGUGUGCUUCCUCUGUCGCACUCAACUGGAGUUCGAUGAACUCUAUGCACGUCUUCUUCAGGACGUCCUCUCAGGUUCUCACGCCCUGUUCGAGGUGAUCCAGACGCGACAGCAACCCUGGCCGUCCGUGGCAUCGACCUCAGCCACAACAAGUCACCGCAGAGUCCGCAAUCGUGGCGAGAGUGAGACUGAUCCGACUUUAGGUGAAUUUGAAGAACUGGAUGUGCGUCAAUCCGACGAGGACUUUGAAAUCAUUACAUAAAAGUGUAAAUAUUCUGAAUAUAAUUUUAUAUACAUCUAGUGGACUUUUGAAGUGGCUUUUACUCAUAAGGCGAGGAGCAUUUCUUUACUAAAUCUCCGUAAAUCUGUCUAACUCGUCGAAUCAUCUUUAUAAUCCAAUUUUAGAUGCAGAUCUGGGUUAAAAAUACCAAUAAGUUUUCAAUUCCUGAAAUAUUAAUUUUGCUGGUAAUUUUUUGUAAUUUUUCAUCUUACUUUUUGUAAAUA